GGACACAGCAGCCAAUCUCGAAGAGGAUGGGGAUGACUACGAACAAACGCGCUUACUGUCACCACAGCCCGCGUCUUCAAAUAGGCCGGAUAGAUUCGCAAAGGUUGAAUACCUAUCUCGAUACAUCCCCGAACUGGACCCAAAAAAUGCUCGGGCAAAGACAAUGAGAGUUAAGAUGGCGAAGAGAACAACAAUGCUUAAGACGCAAAUGACAAUAGCCACCGUGGUCAUGAUUUUCAAUCUCAGUAUCACAAUUUGGGCGGUUCUGAGUUAUCCCCCGGACGGUCGAGGCGUGGGCACAUUUUCCUUUAGCGAUUGCUCUAGUACCACCGCCCUCAAUAGCGCGUUGCAUGUGGCCCUCAACAUUAUAUCAUCUCUUUUCCUCGGAGCCGGAAACUACUGUAUGCAGAUCCUCGUUGCACCGUCGCGUGAUGAGAUAGCCCAGACACAUCUCAAAGGCUCAGCACUAGAAAUCGGGGUCCCAAGCAUGAGGAACUUGAGGUAUAUCAAACGGAGCCGAGUCGCCGCCUGGUUUGGUAUCGGUUUCAUUGUAGCACUUCUGCACUUCUUUUGGAAUUCUGCGAUUUUCACAUCUUUGCCAAUCGUGGUGAUCCCACGCGCUGUAGCCACAAACGACUUUCUUCCGGUCGGAUAUAACUGGACAGCCUCUGACCCGCUAUCACACUUUUCGUGGUGGAAACCUGCUCCAGGAUAUGGCGAAGCAUCGAAGAAUACAUCAAUGAUAUAUUCUCUGCAGGAUGGUGCCGCUAACUUCACUUAUUUAGAUACUGAGGCCUGUAUCAAGCGGUAUAUCAAUCCAAUGACUGCCACCAGCUCUGUCAUAAUUGUCGCCCGGAACGUCAGUACGGUACAGAACAAUGGCUCCUCCUUGAUUGAUGGAUGGGUGUCUGGUUGGGAACCGUGGUCGGGAUCUAGCGCUUGGAUCUGUCGCGCAUAUCAGGAUAUCCACAAAGACAGGUUUUGCAAUUGGGACUUCGCCAAAUCCUUUACUAAUGACUGGAGAUUGUCUUGGCCGCGAGGGGUGCAAGUAGAUCACUGCUUAAGUGCAGAUGAGGGGAGUAGUCAGGAUAGGUGUGGAUUGCAUUACAGCACACAUAUCCUGGCUAUUGUUUGCGUCUGUACCUUUCUGGAGAGCCUCCUAGUCUACUGGACCGCCUUCCAUCAUUUCCGCAACACGAAAACAAAGGAACAGAAAAGGGACCAUCACACUAUGGUAACUAUAGGUGACGCAAUCAAUAGCUUUCUCGAACAUCCGCAGUCAUACAUAAAUGAGCUAACCGAUGAAGACGACGAUGCAUCCACAUCUUAUAGGCUAGGAGCUGUUCAGAUUCAAAAGACGACUUGGCUGGUUAAGCCUCGUGUAUCAUGGUUCAAGGCUGUUAAUAUACACAUCUGGGUAAUCUCACUUGUAUUGUUUUCUACAGGGCUAGCAAUUACCUCAUACUCUAUCGGAAGUUCGAUCGAGUGGAUAUCACAGAAGGGUGUUGAUGUGAGCCCUGCAGCUCUGUGGCAGUAUGGUUUCCAAGUAAACCCGGCCAUGCUGGCUCGCGAUAUGGGCCCCCUGAACUCUAUUGCCGCCGACGGACCUGUAAUGCUUCUAGGCAACAUCCUCAUAGCCAAUAGUCCGCAGGUUAUGAUUAGCUUUCUCUACCUCUUUUACAACAACAUCCUCACACGUCAGCUCGUCAGUGAUGAGUGGGUGCGCUUUCUCCAAGAAGAAGGAAAAAAGCCGUUACGGGUUUCUUCACCCGAGGGCAUGCAGCGGUCAUCCUACUUUCUCUCCUUGCCAUUCAAAUAUUCAGUCCCACUUAUGGUGCUGGCCAUUCUCCUGCACUGGCUGAUAUCACAGAGUAUUUUCCUUGUCCAGUCCAGCGCCUUCGCGCCGGGUAAAGACGGCGCACGUCUUCCUAUGUACGACUACACUGCCCGAGGCUAUUCUCCUCUUGGCUCCAUAAUGGCGAUUGCCCUUGGCUUUGCUUUGGUCAUUGCCUUGCUUUUGAACUCCGUAUUUCGUUCUUAUAGAAAUAUUCCAGCCAAUUUUCACUUAAUGGCGUUCAAUAGUAGCGCUAUUGAGGCUCUAUGUCAGCGACCGGACGCUGAUUCAGACGCGAGACUAUUCCCAGUUAGAAUCGGUGUUGCUGUGAUGGAUCCAAAACCCAGAACGAGUCCUAGUGCAUUAUCGGAGCCUUCCUACACGGCGGUUGUGUUUUCCACUGAUACUACGCUUCAAGUACCAGAACAUGGUGAACAAUAUGUACAGCCUAUCCUCAUCUGUGGUGAGGGUAUCGGGUAUAAAUUUGUUUCCAGUGUUCGCAGAUUAAUGGUGAACGGUUAUACCCUCAUAUGUAAUGCUUGGGAUUGCCUUGUUUCAGCGAUAGUUCGAAACAGUCGGAGACAAGCGAGAGCAAUGUGAUGGUUCUUUGAUGAGAAUGGUUCUCCGUCUGGCCAAACUGGAGAAAUAUAUAUGUUGACCCGAAAA